UUUCUGGUCAGUCCAUCACCAUAACCGGAACAAGUACCUUAGUAACGCCGACAUCAGAGCUCAGAAUUACAUGUCAGCCAAGCUCAGCUGGUAUCAGUGAUGUCACUACUACUAGUGUUCAGAAAAACACUAGUAGUACUGACUAUACAUCAAUAGUGUAUGUAGAUUAUAAUAAAGGCAGAUCAUCAUCAGAAAUCAGCUGGGCUAACACAGCUUUCCAGAACAGACAGGGUGUGUCAGCGACAGGAAAUGUGGACAGUGUCGGUGGUGCUCAGCUGGUGUUAACAAUCUCCGCGAACAACACACGAUGUGAGGACGGGGGAGCCUACCGGUGUAAUAUGGGAGUAAUUAUGACAAGUGGUGGUGGUGCUAAUAACAAACACCGAACAAACAUUGGAGAAAUGCCAACUGUUCUGCCGACCUACACUAACGCCCUGUAUGUUACGCCAACUCCCAAUGUGAAUGGUCAGUAUUACUCUGUGGGAACCACACUGACGUUCAGCUGUUCCGGUACUGAAGGCAGUGACAAGAGGAUCCACACGUGGUGUUACAAACAAGCAGGCAGCAUUACCGGAUUUACGGGUUACCCUGCGGACAUUAAUCAGAAUGAAAACGGUUUGGUCCAGGACGGGUGUAACUACAGACGCAGAAGUACACUUACCUACAAUGUAACGGCAGCAGACACAGAAACCACAUUUAUGUGUGAACCAUUCACUGGCAGCAUGUGUGGUACAAGUGCAGCAGGCCUGAAAACCAACUUUACCAUCAGAAACUUUUCUGGUCAGUCCAUCACCAUAACAGGAACAAGUACCUUGGUACCGCCGACAUCAGAACUCAGAAUCACAUGUCAGCCAAGCACAGCUGGUAUCCGUGAUGUCAAUACUAUUAGUAUUCAAAAAAACACUAGCAGUACUGAUUAUACAACAUUAGUGUAUGUAACCUAUGAUAAAGCCUGUUCAUCAUCAGUAAUCAGAUGGGCUAGCACAGCUUACCAGAACAGACAGGGUGUGUCAGCGACAGGAAAUGUGGACACUGUCGGUGGUGCUCGGCUUGUGUUAACAAUCUCCACGAACAACACACGAUGUGAGGACGGGGGAGCUUACAGGUGUAAUAUGGGAGUUCUUCUAUUAGGUGGUGGUGGUGCCGUGGCGGUUGCUGAAAAAUAUGUUACUGCUACAGUUUCUGGUCAGUCCAUCACCAUAACAGGAACAAGUACCUUGGUAACGCCGACAUCAGAACUCAGAAUCACUUGUCAGCCAAGCUCAGCUUGUAUCAGUGAUGUAAGUACUAUUAGUGUUCAAAAAAACACUAGUAGUACUGAUUAUACAUCAAUAGUGACUGUAGCCUAUGAUAAAGCCAGUUCAUCAUCAGUAAUCAGCUGGGCUUACACAGCUUUCCAGAACAGACAGGGUGUGUCGGCGACAGGAAAUGUGGACACUGUCGGUGGUGCUAGGCUUGUGUUAACAAUCUCCACGAACAACAUACGAUGUGAGGACGGGGGAGCUUACAGGUGUAAUAUGGAAGUAACUCUGACAGGUGGUGGUGGUGCCACGGCUAAUGCUGAUAAAUAUGUUACUGCUACAGUUCUGCCGACCUACACCAACGCCCUGUAUGUUACGCCAACUCCAAAUGUGAAUGGUCAGUAUUACUCGGUGGGGACUAAACUGACGUUCAGCUGUUCCGGUACUGUAGGCAGUGACAAGAUGAACCACACGUGGUGUUACAAACAAGCAGACAGCAAUACCGGAUUUACGGGUUAUCCUACUGCAGCGGACAUUAAUCAAAAUGAAAAUGGUUUGGUCCAGGACGGGUGUAAUUACAGACGCAGAAGUACACUUACCUACAAUGUAACGGCAGCAGACACCGAAACCUCCUUUAUGUGUGAACCAUUCACUGGAAGCAUGUGUGGUACAAGUGCAGCAGUCCUGAAAACCAACUACACCGUCAGACUCUGUACGUAUUAAAGCUUAGCAUCCUUGAUAAAAUUCAAAAGACAAUUAUACAUAAACAAAAAACGGGCACAAGAACUAGCAACUUGUCAUGUAUUGUAAAACUUAUCCUGGCGAAGGUUAUCCGGAAGAAUAAGCGUGUUCCGAUUAAUCAACAACAUUCGCUUGUAAGGCAAGAUAAUACUAAGGUGAUGUCACGUUUACAUAGAUAGUAAGGGAAAAUGACGACGUAAUCAACGUUAUUUAAUCCCCUAAUUUACAAGGACAUUUUGAGAUUACAGAGGGCAAGAAGUAUGUCACUAUUACCACAUUGUGACCUAUGCUUCUUUACAUAAGUGUACUGUUUGUUGAAUAUAGAAAACAUUACCGGUGCGAGACUAUGGUUUUUCUUAAAAUAUAUUGCCUUGUAUUAUAUUUGAAGCAUCACAUAAUAAGCCAAUCCAAUUACUAUAUGUUUCUCAGACACCAAUCAACUCUCUUUAAAUUUAAACAUAUUUUAUUUCUGCAGCAAUGUCAUGUUUAUCUGAUUACAUACGCAUUUACACAUGAUAUGCCUGUGAAAAGUCCACUGAUUUGUUUAGGUCUACUAUGGUUGUUGGGCUCUGAUUUUAACGCCGUAAUAAGUUAACAGAAAAGAUGAUUUUUAGCGCACCUUCUCGAAGAUUCUAGGGGCCCAAUCGGGGAAAUAGAGGUAAAACCUUUGAAAUCCUCCUACCAUAGGGAUUUAGGGAUUUUAUCCCAAUUUGGACUGGAGCAUCCUCUGGCCAGGGGAACUUUUGUAUCAACGGUGGGGGUGGCCUCCCUAGGGUAUAGGAGCGGGUCCCAAUAGGGGAAAUAGAGGUAAAACCUUUAAAAUUUUCUUUUCCCGUAAGGUUUGAGAGGUUUGUAUCCUAAAUAAGCCUGGCGCAUCUUUGGACCAAGGGGACUCAAUUUUGUAAAAACAUUGGGUUUGGACCCUCUGGGGGCAGAGGAGCGGGGCCCAAUGAGAAAAUUAUAUUAUGUUAUAUUGGGGACCAAAUAAGGGAGAACAUACUGCCCAAACCCUAGGGGCCAGGGCAGGGCCCCAAAGUGAAAAUUAACCAAUAUUUCAAAAAUCUUCUACUCAGGACUCGAGGUAAUACAGUCCACCCUGUUUUCCCUUCGGGAGGGGUAAAGUUUACUAUAAUUUAUAUAUGGAAAUAACUA